AUUAUUUGAGAAUAGUGUAUUUAAAUUGUUUGCCAAUAAUUUAUUAAUAAAAUGUUUUACGUACAUCCGUUUAACGCCCAAAGUAAUCAAAGCUGCGCGGGCGCACGGUGCUUAGUGGUAGCUGCCUGCGAGUGUACGGUGGCACGCACAUAACCCCCAUCUCGCGGGUAGGUCGCGCGCGGAUCGGCAGCAGAGCUGGCUAAUAGCUAGGCUAUACCGAGACGUGGUGGUGGUGUAAGAAACCACUGUAACCCGAGGAUAAUACUGUUCUCGUUCGACAAUAAUGUUAAAGUAAUAACCUGGAAUCGAAGGUUUUGGGAAGCAGACAAGAAAGCCAAGUUGGAUCACAGGACAACGUGCCAGCUGUACAGAAUACAGGGAAACGAAUUGGCUAGCCAGCAAGUUCCAAGCCGAGUCCUGGAUUUAUAUUUUAACGAAUAACUUUGAGCGUCUGAUCUGUUUUUAUAAAGCUGGCCAGCGCAAUUGUAUGCAUAUGUCAGCGGUAUAUUUUUAGUUAGUUUAUUACUAGUUUAUCUAUCCGAGCUACUGUUUCGCUUGCUAGCCAGCUAGCUAGCAAGACGUAUCUAAGGACUCGGGAGUUUUACUCGGUCAGUAGGUGUUGAGUGAAUAAUUGGGCCCAUGUUGAAGCCACAGCAACCCGGCUCCGGCGGGCGGAAAGCCGUUAAUGGAACCUCAGGGCCUGUCAAUAUGUCUUCCGUGGGCUCCGGGACCAACACUAACAGAGCUGCUGCUGGAAGGACCCGAAACACAGUGAAACCUCCGGCCCAGUCUUCUCCAGUGUUCGAAGGCGUCUACAACAAUGCCCGAAUGCUGCACUUCCUUACCGCCGUGGUGGGCUCCACCUGUGAUGUCAGGGUGAAAAAUGGCAGUAUUUAUGAGGGCAUCUUCAAGACCCUCAGCUCUAAGUGUGAGCUGGCCGUCGACGCCGUGCACAGGCGGAGUGAGGAGGAGGAGGAGGGGGGCGGCACGGGCGGGAGCUCCUCAGCACCCCCCCGGAGAGAGGAAAUAACGGACACCAUGAUCUUCAGCACGUCCGACCUGGUCACCAUGACCUGCAGGGACGUGGACCUCAACUUCGCCACCAGAGACUCUUUCACGGACACGGCGAUCGGCUCGGCGCGGGUGAACGGGGAGCACCGGGAGAAGGUGCUGCAGAAGUGGGACGCGGGGGACAGUAACGGGGAGAGCUACGACCUGGAGACGGACGCCUCCAAUGGUUGGGAUGCCAACGAGAUGUUCAAGUUUAACGAGGACAACUACGGCGUGAAGUCAACAUAUGACGCGAGCCUGGCCAUGUACACGGUGCCCCUGGAGAAGGGCAGCUCGGAGGGGUUUCGGCAGCGCGAGGCCCGGGCCUCCCGCCUGGCCAACGAGAUCGAGGCCAGCCCCCAGUACCGGCACCGCGUGUCCCUGGAGAACGAGGACGGGAAGACCGAGGAGGAGAAGUACAGCGCCGUGGUCCGGGAGGCUGGAGGGAGAGACAGUCCCAGCUCCAACAGCGUGGGGAGCAGGGAGGGUAAAUACAUUCCGUUACCCCAGCGAGCCCGAGAGAUGGGGGUGAGCAGAGAGAGAGGAGGAGGAGGAGGAGGAGGGGCGGCAAGUCCCUCGGCCCCUCCCCUUACCCGAACGGGCGGACCCCAUUCCGGCAGGCCCGCCCCUCCUAGCUCCUCCCCCCGUCCCCCCCUCCCCCCCGCCGGCGGCGGCCGGUCCACCCCCCCGUCCUCCGAGAGGCAGAGCCCCCUCUCCGGCAGGGGGGGGUACUCCCCCCACCCUUCCCAGAGUGGCCCGGGGCCCGCCGGCCCCUACCUGCCCCCCGGCCAGCCCAGGCCGGCCGCCAGCCCCCCCGCGCACCCCCCGCUGUCCGACACCGCCGCCGCCGCCCGGUCUGCCAAUGGAGAACGCGUCUCCCCUCUGUCUCUCCUCUCAGUGCCCUGCAGGACUUCCCCCAAAUCCCAGAGGUCGGCGCCCACCGGCAGGCCCCCCCGGACCAGCGGCCCCCACGGCGCCCCCGCAGUCUCUCGUUCCCCGAAACCCGGGCCGCCUUCCCAGGAUCCCCCCGUCACCGGUCCGUAUUUAGACACCGCGUUGGUCGCCGGGGCGACCCCCAAGAGCUCCGGCCCGGCCCCGCUCUUCACGGUGGACGUCAAUGAGAUCCUGAACUCAGCCAAGGAGAGGGCAGCCGAGAGUCCUGUCAGCCCACAAGAUGGCAAGAGCAGCAAAGCUCCUUCAGUUCAGCAGAGAUCACAGAUCGAAGAGCUUCGGAAAUUUGGUAAAGAGUUCAGGCUACAGUCCAGUGGCAGUGCCUCCAGCAGCCCCAGCGCACCCACGGCCCCGCCCACUGAACACGCCCCGCCCGGUCCAGCCCCGCCCUGUGCCGCGGAACCCGCCCCGGCCCCCGAGACCAAUCAGAGCCCGGCCCAGAGCCCCCCUCAAGCCCCGCCCCCAGAGGAACGGGGGAGGGAGAAAGAGGGGGAGGGAUCGGGCGCGAGCGCCGCGGCGCUGCCUGCGGGGGAGGCGGCCGGCGCCGACCGGCAGUCCCCGGCCACGCCCCAACCCGCCAGGACCCCGGGCAGCGAGGAGCCGCGGCUGGAGACCCCCGAGAGAGCGGAGGGCGUGCCUGAUCAAGUGAAGAAGUCCACCCUGAACCCCAACGCUAAAGAGUUCAACCCCAACAAGGUUGCCCUCACACUGUCGAAGCCGACCCCCGCCCCCACGCCACCGCGCCCGACCCCUCCCAGCCCCGCGUUGGUGCUGCAGCCUCCGCCGGGACAGGGGGCCAUCUACAACGCCCCUUAUCUCUCCUACGUCUCCCAGAUACAGAUCCAGGGACAUUCUGUGCAGGCCCCUCAGAUGUACCAGUACACCAUGUCCACAGUCAGCCAAGGAAAAUACUCCAGAGCCAAAGGCUCAGUGGUUGCCCCUCGCUCUGACCACAGCUCCACGGCGCCCCCUAUGCUCCAGACAGCGGCAUCGGCGGCAGGCCCUCCACUUGUGGCCUCUCCCUACCCCCAGUCCUACCUACAGUACAACCCCCAGCAGUACAGCCAGCAGGUCAUCCAGGCCAUGGCCCACUACCCUGGACAGCCAGUGUACUCCAUGCUGCAGAGUGGGGCCCGCAUGCUGGGGUCUGGGGGACACCCACAGGCGCUCGGCCCUCCGGGGCCUCAGUAUUCAGCUCAGGGAGAUGGGCCUCCGGGGCCACAGCAGGGAAUGUACGGCCCGCAGUCCUUCUCCCACCACGCGGGGUCCAUGCACCACCCCCAGCCCUCCAGCACCCCCACGGGCAGCCAGCAGGCCCCCCAGCACCCCGCUCCCAGCCCCGGCCAGUCAGGACAGUCCCAGCCCCAGUCUCUGUACCACUCUAACCCCCUGUCUGCCCCCACCCCUCCCAACAUGCCCCCCGGACACACCUCCCCACAGGGCUCCUACUCCAUGCAGGGCUACGGUCUCCAUGGUCACCAGCCCAUUCCUCACACCUACCAGUCACUGGGCCAGCUGACUCAGGCUCAUGUGUCUGGGGCUCUCUCUGGCCCUCAUCACUCUGGCACCCACGGCCCCCACCAGGUGAUGCUGCUGCAUGCCCCGCCCCCUCAGCAGGGGCCUGGCUCCGCCCCUCAGCACGGGCCCCCACCCCAACAGGGCGCCCACCAGCACUACGCCUACAUCGGUCACGCACAGGCUGUGCAGAUGCAGGCCCAUCCUUCCCAGCAGCUCCCCUUCCACCCCCCCACGGGGAACUGAGCACCAGGACCCCCAUCCACCCCCCCCCACGGGGAACUGAGCACCAGGACCCCCAUCCACCCCCCCCCACGGGGAACAGAACACGCCAGGAGCCCCCCCCUCCAGGGGGAACAGAGAACGCCAGGACCCCCAUCCCCCCCCCCCACUGAGAACAGAG